CUGAUUGGGGAGUGAUGAUUUCCACCUGUGAGGGGAGAAGGAGAGAAAAGAAAAACACACACAGGAUACUUGUAUCCGUAACAGCGUUUGAUGGAUACUUUUUGUCUUCUAAUGCCUCUGAAGGGGAAAGUAAUCUGAAAGUAACCAGUUUACGUUGCUGAGUUUGGGUAAUCCAAAAGUUACAUUACUGAUUACAAUUAGAGGUCUCAACCUUUGUCACAGGCUUUCACCUCGUGAGGGAAGCCUGGGAGCUGAGGCUAGUGGUCAUCUGACAUCAUGGAGAACAGUCCUGGAGGGUGAAUUAUUCACAAAUCCACAGUAACAGAGCUUAGAAUCAUCUCUCUCUGGGGCUGUCUCUCAGUCUCAAUACACACAAGCUUCCUCUUUCUGACCAAGCUCCAGACCUUCAACACUGCAGCACCAUGUACGACUGUAGAGGAGCUGACCACUGGAGCUGCCGUUUCUCAGGCCCUGCAUCAGAUGUGAAGAACAUGCAUACGCACACACAAUACACAAUAUAUGUCCAGGCUGCAGAGACAUGCAUUUUUACUGACAGUCUUACCCUGGCUGAAUAUUAAACACACUGGAGUCGGGUAUAAAGCCCAGUCAGAUUCUGGGGUUGGAUAUUUUCUGAUUUGAAUACGGUUGUUUAGUAGACAUUUUUUUUGUCCAAUGCUUAUGCAUGUGUGUGUGUUGUGCAAUGCAGAGAUCCAGCGUGGUUCAGUGAGAGUUGGCUUGGUCGCAUUAAAGAAGAUGUUGGGAAUAACUGGAGACUGAAGAUGAACAACCUGAAGAAGAUCCUUCAGAUGAUGGUGGAUUACUACAAUGAGGUCCUGAGCCAGCAGAUCCAGGAGUUCCCCCUGCCAGACCUGGUGAAGGUGGCAGAACACUCAGACCCUAUAGAACUGGGACGACUGCUGCAGCUCACACUGGGCUGUGCUGUCAAAUGUGAACGCAAGCAAGAGUACAUCCAGAUCAUCAUGACUCUGGAGGAGUCCGUACAGCAUGUGGUGAUGACAGCCCUUCAGGAGCUGAUGAGUAAAGAGAACAUGGCCCAGUUUGGAGCAGAGCCACCGGGGGACGUAGAAUCACAGUUGAAGAAGGCUCUCGAGGACCUGGCAGAUCUGAUGGCAGAAAAGGAGGAGCUAGCCCAGCGCUGUCAGGAACUCGACGUACAGGUGACGGUCCUUCAGGAGGAGCGGAACAGCCUAUUAGCUGAGAACGACGUGCUGACGGACCGAGCCAAUCAGCUGGACUCGUUUGAUGACCCGAGCACGCCCUCCGGACGGAAACACAGCCAGCUACAGAUACAGCUAGAGACACUACAGGAGGAGAACUUUAGGCUAGAGGCAGCUAAGGAUGACAACCGUAUCCACUGUGAGGAGUUGGAGAAGCAGCUGAUUGAGGUUCAGCAUCGUAACGACGAACUCACCAGCCUGGCAGAGGAGUCACGAGCACUUAAAGACGAACUCGAUAUCCUCAGGAGCUGUUCGGACCAUGCUGUGAAGCUGGAGGCGUCAGUGGAGACAUACAGGCGUAAACUGGAGGACCUGGGAGAUCUGAGAAGACAAGUCAAACUUCUGGAAGAGAAGAACAUGACCUACAUGCACAACACUGUCAGUCUGGAGGAGGAGCUACGCAAGGCUAACACUGCCCGUGCACAGCUAGAGACAUACAAGAGACAGGUCCAGGAGCUGUACCGGAAGUUGUCAGAGGAGUCUCGGCGGGCAGACAACCUUGCUUACGAAAAGAAGAAGUUUGAAGAGAAACAUGACGCCGUGAUGAGGGAGAAAGAGAGGAUCAUCAUUGAGCGAGACUCUCUGAAGGAGACCAAUGAGGAGCUGCGAUGUAACCAGGCUCAACAGGACCAGCUCCUACAAGCAGGGAUGGCAGGGAUGCCAGCUGGUAGUCCAACCCAUGAUAACCUUGCUGCUGAGAUCCUACCUGUAGAGUACAGGGAGAAGAUUAUCCGGCUCCAGCAUGAGAAUAAGAUGUUGCGUGUGCAGCAGGAGGGAUCAGAAAAUGACAAGAUCUCUGAACUACAGACCCUGCUAGAGGUGGCACACAGAACCUGCUCUGAACUGGACACUGACAACAGGUUAAGCAGGGAGAGGGUCACUGAGCUGCAGCAGCAGGUAGAGGAUUUACAGAAAGCCCUACAGGGCCAGGGAGCCAAGACUGAUGACUCUCACCUGAAGAGGAAACUGGAUGCUCAUAUGGUGCAACUGAAUGAGGCGCAGGAUGAGAUCAUGAAGAAGAAAGAACUCCUGGAGGACUUGCAGCCAGACAACACACAGACCUCUCUGAGACUGGAUGAGCUGAUGGCUGCUCUGAAGAAGAAGGAUGAUGACAUGAGAGCCAUGGAGGAGAGAUACAAGAUGUACCUGGAGAAAGCACGCAAUGUGAUCUGUGCAUUGGACCCCAAGCUGAACCCAGCCACAGCAGAGAUCCAGGCUCUAAAGAACCAGCUGACGGACAGAGACAAGAGGAUCCUCAGCCUGGAGAGGGAGUGUGAGCAGGCAAAGCUGAGAGAGUAUGAAGAGAAGCUGAUUGUAACAGCAUGGUACAACAAGAGUCUGAGCUUCCAGAAGCUGGCGAUCGAGGCCCGUCUCGGGGGUCGCUCCAUCUCCAUGGUGCCCCCAGUUCAGUCCUUCCUGACCCAGCAGCGCCAGGUCACCAACGCUGCCCGCAGGAACCUCUCUGUCAGCGUGCCUGCCACCACCACUAAGUAGACCUGGGAUGGGUGACUACUGAGGUGGGCCAGCGUGUGUACAGGCUUCUUCUAUUAAUGUUGAACCAUGAUUAGUUCAAUCAGGUGUGUUAGUGCUGGUCUGGAACAAAGGCCUGCUGACACUGCGGCCCUCUAGGACUGGGAUCUCCUACAUCUGACGUAAACAAACAAAUGGCUCCUCUCUAACUUUUUUCCAGAAAUGUACACUCAAGUGACCUUAAGCACAUUAGUUAUCAGUCCCUGGAGAGGGGACAAGCAUGCACUGACUGACUUGAACAUGAGCACUUACUCUAACCAGGUUCCCUCCUCACUGAUACACCAGACGGUAACAGUUAUACUCCUCACUACAGUUGAGGAUGUUUAUUAUCUCCGGUAAUGAGUUUGGUCUGGCAACCCUACCAACAUGCUUUAUUAGCUUAGCACAUAGCCUAGCACAUAACACUGACUGAGCCCUACAAUAUACCUGUGUUAACCUAGCUAGCAGCAGGCUCUGACUAGCAGUGAUUCCUAACCUUGACAUAUCCUGACAUGUACACUGAGUGUACAAAACAUUAAGAACACCUUCCAAAUAUUGACUCCUAUGCCUCCCACAGUUGUGUCAAGUUGAUAUGGAUGUCCUUCUGGUGGUGGACCAUUCUUGAUACACAUGGGGAACUGUUGAGUGAGAAAAAACCCUGCAGCGUUGCAGUUCUUGACACAAACCUGUGCUCCUGGCACCUACUAUCAUACCCCAUUCAAAGGCACUUAAAUAUUUUGUCUUGCCCAUUCACCCUC